AUGGUCAGACUGUCGCUGCAGUUUGCCCCCUAUUUGACGGGCUACUUCCAUGUUCAGACCAACACACACUUCUCUUACUCAGUUGAGAAGACUCGCUAUAAUGCCGAGAGAAUUGUCGAAAUGUUCAAGAAGAUCGACCCCAGCUUUGAUGUCAAGCGGGUAUGCAUCAAGAUUCCCUCUUCCUGGGAAGGCAUUGCCGCAUGCAAGAUCCUCGAGCAAAAAGGCAUCGCCACCCUGGCAACAACCAUGUUCUGUAUGGAACAAGCUGCGCUUGCCGCUGAUGCCGGCUGCACAUACAUCGCUCCCUACGUCAAUGAGCUCAAAGUGCACUUUGUCCCCGGGUAUGUUGACGAGAACAAGGCCUUCGACUUCUGCAGAACCGCCCAGGCAUACUAUAUCGAGAAGAAGGCGAAGACGCAAGUGCUUGCCGCCAGUCUGACUUCAGUAGCUGAAGUCAUGCAGCUCGCGGGCAUCCAGCACGUGACUGUAUCACCGCCCUUGCUCCGGGGUUUGGCGGCUCAGUCGGCUUCGACGUCGACCGAGAAGGUCGGCGGCUACUUUGCUGCAGGCCCGGACAAGAAGUGGACUACCGACUUCGAGGUGGCCUUGAAGGACGAGAGCGCGUGGCGCCUUGCCUUCACGCGCAGUGGAAAUGGAAAGUACGAGGAGAAACUUAUACAGGCGAUCAACAUCUUCUCGGACAAGCAAGAUGAGCUCGAGGAGCUCGCCCGUCGAUACUUGUAA